GCAUGCGUACUAGCUAGCUACAUGUAGCAUCUGACUCUGAGUGAAGCAUUGCAGAUUGCAGAUCACUGUCCAGAAAUCUGACAGCUACCACCUGUAGAUUAGAUAGAACUUCAGCCUCAGGGAUAUGAGACUCAGUGUUCUACAUGCCCGUGUGCUGAUUGUUCUUCUGUCAGUUCAGAAGGCCAAAGCUCCUCACAAAACAUGCGAUGAGACUACAGAGUAUUCCCAUGGCCAACUCUGCUGCAAGAAGUGUCCUGCUGGAACAUAUCUGAAACAUGACUGUGACCAAGACCACGGUACAGCAAGCUGUACCAAAUGCCCCCCAGGCACGUACACUGCACAUAACAACCACCUGCGUGAUGGCUGCCUGGUGUGCGACAUUCCAUGUGAUUCAUCAUUUGGGUUUGUAGAGGUAUUAGAUUGUCAACCUCAUCAUAACCGACAAUGCCGCUGCAAGGAGGGAAUGUACAAGCAUCAUGAAGUUUGUGUACUAGACCAGAAACCCUGUCCACCUGGGCAAGGUGUUGUCAAAAAAGGUUCUACCAGGACACACCCCGUAUGUGAGGACUGCCCACCAGGCACGUUCUCGAGUAAACCAUCCCUGACUAAGGCAUGUCGAACUUGGAGGAACUGUGCAGCGCUGGGACGGGAAACAAAGAGAGUUGGAACAUCAACCAGUAACGCAAAGUGUGGAGGUCCUCUUGUUCUCCAGCAGACAGAGCCUCUCACUACUGCUAUGCCAGUGACACCAGUUGAAACUUCUGUGGCAGCUAAUAGUACAACAGUCACUACAGCUAGACCAGCUGGAAAUGUGAUGUUGCCAACACCCAAACCUCCACAGACAACUCCAGAUGCUGAAAGCAUUACAGCUAAGCUAACUACUGAAGAAGAUGACACCAGUGUGAGGCAGGUGCCAAAGGACGACAGGAACAAUGACAUCAAGAACGUCAUCAACCAACACUCCCAAUCUGCACAAUUGCUGGCACUCGUCUUCAUUGGUGCUGCCAUCCUUCUGAUCAUUGUAAUCACUUUGGUUUGGAAAAAAGUGAAGAAACAACUACAAAGGAGAAGGCAGGGUGAUGUCACCAUUAACAAGGUGCAGGCUCGACAGCAGCUACAUGACCCACAGGAUGCGCAGGGUUCAAGCGAGGAAGGUGCUGUGAUGAGUGGUCAGGUAUCUGCAGAAGAUCAAAGACAGAUGAACAUGAGUCAGUCAGCCGGUGAUGCAUCUGUGGGCACUGUGCAGCUACAUGCAGCAAACCCUGAAACUAAUCAGUCGCUGCAGCCAGUUGAUGCAACCAUGAUCCGGAUGCAGGAAGGUGCUACAGUUGUUGAUGCCAGACGACAGCUUGUGAUCUACUCGCAGUCGACUACAAUACAGCAGAAUAAUGAUUUUGGAAGCCCAAACAAUGUGCAAGUUGGACAGGGUAACACAAUUAAUGUUGCCACAGAGAACUGUGAAGCUCAGGCUGAACAGUCUGAUGAAGAGUAAAGAUUGUGAAUUUUCUUUUAAGAUUUAAAAAAAAUGAUUGUAACAUUUAAGCCGGGGGGGGGGAAGAUUGUUAAAUCCAA